AAGCCCAAUAUUUCAUAGGCCCAACAUUCUUCUCUCUCUCUCAUCAGAGGUGUUUCUCACAGCUACUCCAAAACCCUCUUUCAACUUAAACCCUAACUAACUAUAAGUGUGAAAAGAGUAACUGAUUAUUGGAGUGAAGAUGAAGAUGGGUCAACCAUUUAGUGGUAACAUGAAGAAAGCUCUUGCUGGCAUAAGGCGUAUCAAUUUGGAAGGUCUGAGAUGGAGAGUGUUUGAUGCCAAAGGCCAGGUCCUGGGAAGGCUAGCAUCACAGAUAGCCACCGUGGUUCAAGGCAAAGAUAAACCGACGUACACACCUAACCGCGAAGAAGGCGAUAUGUGCAUUGUGCUUAAUGCAAAGGACAUUUGUGUCACUGGGAGAAAACUUACUGAUAAAUUCUAUCGAUGGCACACUGGUUACAUAGGCCAUCUCAAGGAGAGGAGUCUGAAAGAUCAGAUGGCUAAGGAUCCAACAGAAGUUAUUCGCAAAGCUGUCCUGCGUAUGCUGCCUAGAAAUAAGCUGCGUGAUGAUAGGGAUCGGAAAUUGAGGAUUUUUACCAAUGAUGAGCACCCUUUUGGUGACAGACCUCUAGAGCCUUAUGUGAUGCCUCUUAGACAAGUUCGUGAGUUGCGCCCUCGUACAAGGCGAGCCAUGAUUCGAGCUGAAAAGAAAGCUGAACAACAGCAACAAGGUACAAACAACACAAGUAAAAGAAAAAAGAACAAGGAUGUGGAAGAAGAAGAAGCACUGAGCACAUGAAACAGAACACACUUGCUCCACAAGAAAUUUUGAGUUUGGGCUCUAUUGUCAGCCAUAAUGCGAUCUUGGCGUGGCUAUCGAGGUGAUUGGAAAUUUUCUAGUACCAUCUUAUGAGCUUGGUGUUUGUUUUUUUCUGGCUUGUUUACAUGUAUUUGUCAUUCACUUGUCUGAUGUUAUAUUUGGCUGGAGAUGAACAAGGAGAAAUGAUACACUUGAGCAUCAUUAUUGGCAUAUGAUGCACCAAUAAGCUCUUCUUAGUCAGAAUGUUAUUUCAUAUAUAACUGCUAUAGUUAGUAAAGAAGGUUUAAGCUAAUUAUAUGUAGUCAAUAUUGACAA